UGGGGGACUGAGUUUGAAGGGGAAACAUGGCUGCUUCUUCGGCAUCUCUUGCUGGUGCUUCUGCUUCGGAUUUUCUGAGGAGUUCAACCAGCAGUUUCAAUGGUGUUCCUUUGAGAACCUUGGGGAAGGGAAAGUUGGUUUUGAAGAGGAGGAUUUUACAGUUGCUGCUAAGCUGAGGAAGGUGAAGAAGCAUGAAUAUCUUUGGCCUGCUAACCCUGAUCCCAAUGUGAAAGGUGAGGUGCUGAGCCACCUUUCCCAGUUCAAGCCACUCAAGGAGAAGCCAAAGCCUGUCACUUUGGAUUUUGAAAAGCCUCUUGUUGAUCUGCAAAAGAAGAUCAUUGAUGUUGUGCUGAAUGCUAAUGGGCUAAUAGGAAUGGUAUUUAUGGAUGGAAACAGGUGCGGAAGAUGGCGAACGAAACUGGACAGGACUUCAGUGAUCAGAUUCUCUUAUUGGAAACUAAGUACCAGCAGUCCAGAGGCAUGUGCAGCAAUCUUGUCGAAGACCGCUAAAGCUUCUCCAAAGCCACUGAAUUGUGCAAAUUACAACUUGCAGAUGGUGUUACAAAUAUUGUCAAAAAUUGUACAGACUACACUACAGAUUCCAUUAGUAAAGGCAUCAUGCUGGUUAAUCAAAUCUGUCAGAUUUGCAUAUAGCACAAAGAAAACAACACACUAUGAUAGUGACCUUCUCUUCAUACUUAAAAUCAAUGAAAUACCAAUCCAUAAAUUAUGUCAUUCGUCCUAUAUUGAUAAAAAUCUCAAACAUUAAUUUAUCUUUGUCAGAAACGAAU